GUUUUUUGUUUUUUUAAAUGAGUAGAAGCUCGGCUUAUAUGUGCGAGUCACGCUUCAUGAGUGAGUCGGUUGUAAUUAUUCAAUUUUAUUUCUCCAAUGGCUGUCUAUCGUUCUUAAAAACGCAAUUAAUAAUUCCGAAAACGUUAUCACCUGAAAAUCACAUCUGUAACUGUCAAGGAAUGUUGCUGCUAGUCCAAUCGUAGUGUAUAGUGAAAUGGGCUCAGAAGAGCGCAUCUCAGCCAUGUCGCAGAAGAUUUCAAACUUGUCACGCAGCAACAGCAGCUCCUCAUCGAAACUUGACAGCCGACAGGACAGCUGGGAAUUUGUGGAGGGUCUGCGUGGAGGCUUGGGCGGUGCCCUGGAGCCCCAGAAGCAGGAAGGUUAUGUGCUAAAGAAGAGAAAGUGGCCCCUCAAGGGCUGGCAUAAGAGAUAUUUUUCCCUGGACAAGGGCAUCCUGAAGUACGGCAAGUGCAAUGCUGACAUUGAGAAAGGGAAGCUUCAUGGCUGCAUUGAUGUGGGCCUCUCUGUUAUGGCCAUUAAGAAGAAAGCGAAGUGCAUCGAUCUCGAUGCUGAGGAGAACAUCUAUCACCUGAAGAUCAAGUCACAGGAGAUGUUUGAUGAAUGGGUGUCCAAGUUACGUCACCAUCGGCUCUAUCGGCAAAAUGAGAUUGCCAUGUGUCCCAGUGACAAGUCCUUCCACUUUCCCCACUAUCCCUCCCCCACCUCUCCAGGUUUUGCUGACGGCGCUUCUGUUAGAAAGUGUGUGCUUUCACGCAGGCAGUCCACAUUGUAUUCUGCAUUCGGCUGCAACGGUCAAGCCAAGGUAGCAGCCUGGCUGCAGUCGUCUGACGACAUGGACAAGUGCUCUAAAGACUUGUCUGUUUGUGAGGAACAUCUACUAGAGCUGAGCCACCUCCUUCAAAGUAUGGAGGUCAUCCAUCGUACCUAUUCUGCCCCAUCUAUCCAGGCUCUUCAGGCAUCUACAUUUGACAGCCCCAAAAAGGAAAAGAGACUUCAGAGGAAAUGGCGCACAAAGAACUACAACAAAGACGCGAAAACAACACUUCAGGUUCCCAGCUGCAUCUCCUCUGUCUCUGUCCGCCUCCAUGCUUCUAACCCCAACCUCUCCUCUGCUGCACUGUGUAACGACAAAGUUGACCAGGAAUCUGUAGAUUCUCCUUUUGACGUGGCCAAGCUGCAGGAGGAAUUCUGCCGCGUCGCCACUAACCUGCACACUACCCUGAAGUACGCCCUGAGCUCACUAACGUCAGAGAGGGAGCGAUUGAAACAAUGCAUGGACCACGACACCUGCCCCCCUACCUCGCCGCAGGUGGUCAGUUUGAAGAAUGCGCUGACAACGGAGUCUGCAUCUGAAUCCCGUCCGUUGGUGCAUCAAGUGUCCAAUGAAAGCAGAGCGUCAAUCGCAGAGUCGCUGUCCGAGUUCUUUGAUGCCCAGGAGGUUCUGUUGUCCAACAGUUCCUCUGAAAAUGAGGUAUCCGAGGAUGACUCGUACAUCAGCGACAUCAGUGACAACAAUUCCAUGAACAACUUUGGCAACGACACAGAAAGUGAAGGACAAAAUUUAGGUAAAAAGUGUGGAAACACUUUAAACAGUUAACAAUAAACCACCUACAGUCCCACAUGUGUUGUGCUGUCAGAUUCUGGAGAGGGCGGCGCUGUCCUUUGUCGGCGUAGAUCCCGUCUGUCCUCUCCCAGCCCCAGCAGUAGCACCAUCAGCCUGUGGAACAUCCUCAGGAACAACAUCGGCAAAGACCUGUCCAAAGUGGCCAUGCCGGUGCAUCUCAACGAGCCGCUCAACACCCUGCAGAGGCUGUGUGAGGAGCUGGAGUACAGCGAGCUGCUGGACCGGGCCGCCAACACGCAGGACGCCUUGGAGCGUAUGGUCUACAUUGCUACAUUUGUGGUAUCAGGUUACGCAUCCAGCUACUACAGAACUGGGAAACCUUUCAACCCACUCUUAGGAGAAACGUUUGAAUGUGACCGGCCGGAUAAAGGCUUCCGGUUUGUAGCAGAGCAGGUUAGCCAUCAUCCACCAGUCUCAGCUUGUCACGCAGAGUCUAAAAACUUCAUCUUCUGGCAAGACGUGAGGUGCAAGAACAAGUUUUGGGGGAGGUCGAUGGAGAUUGUUCCUGUAGGCAGCACACAUGUAACUCUGCCUGGGUUCGGAGACCACUAUGAGUGGAACAAGGUGACGUCGUGCAUUCACAAUCUGAGCGGACAACGCUGGAUCGAGCACUAUGGCGAGAUCUCCAAGAACUCAAACAGCGACGCUUGCCAGUGCAAGAUUACUUUGUUAAGGUGGGCUAAAUGGAACUCAGGUGUCAACGAAGUGGAAGGAACCAUUACGGAUCAGAAGGGGAACGUCGUGCACAGGCUCUUUGGGAAGUGGCAUGAGGCGGUUUACUGUGGGGGACCCGCCUCAGCCACAUGCGUGUGGAGAGCAAAUGCAAUACCACUCGACCACGAGCAGUACUAUGGUUUCACCAAGUUUGCAAUUGAGCUCAAUGAGCUGGACACGUCCCUAAAACCGCUGCUACCGCCCACUGACACCAGACUGCGUGUGGACCAAAGACUGCUGGAGGAGGGGAAGUUAGAGGCUGCUGAGGAGCAGAAGCAAAGGAUUGAGCAGCUGCAGAGAGAGAGACGGCGAGUCCUCGAGGAGAGCAGCAUCACACAUCAACCAAAAUUCUUUAGAAAGUCAAAAGAUGAUACGUGGGUGAGCAACAACACAUACUGGGACUUGAGGAGAGAGCCAGGCUUUGCCCACAUGGAUUUCCCCAUUUUGUGGUGACAUGACCGACAGCAUUCGCAGCUGAAAAAUCCACAUUCAACUCCGAAUUUCUGUAUUUCUAUUGCCUUAACAACAAGUGCUUCUAGAAGUUGUGUGAACAUGUUAUGCACCAUGAGAAUGUUGCUGUAUUUAAGCUCAUAUUUGGAGAAAUGUGAAAAAGGUUGCCAGUCCAACUCAUGACUGGCGUUAUUAAAAAUAAAUAUUAAGUGGGAGCUCAUCUUCUUAUAGACAAUCUCUACCUCAGAGAUAUAUAUAGUAGCCUUGAUAUGCCAUUGAUUAACAUUCAGUGUUUUAUUCUGCACAUACCUGAUGCCUUAUCAAGUGUACUGUCAUCAUUCAUUUGUUGCAUAUUUUGAUGUAUAAUUUGUAAGGAGAUCCGAACAUCAAGUAAAUCUUGCUGAAUGUUACUUUUUUGUUUCAUUUUAUAACACCAAUGAUAAUGAUAUGUUUUUUCAAUGUGAAUAAUGCAAACAUGAGGAGCUAAAUAUUCUUUUGUUUUCCACCUCAUCUGGUGUACCCUUGUUUACACCUGCAUUAUGGUGCAUCAUGGUUCAGACUGUGCUCCCUCAGCUCAAAUA